AGCUGUAUUUUGCAUACUGUUGAGGGUUUCCCGCUUCUUCUGAAGUCAGAAAGUUGUAAUAAGUUUUUCGAAGACAAAUUAAAGCGCUGUUUCGAAUGGAUAGUUUGGAUUUCCUGCACGCUGGUCAAACGGUACCAUUCUAAGUUAUUCUCAGCUGUUCUAGUGUACCUCCGGGCGGGAAAGGGCUGGGGUGGGGUGGGGGAAAAUCCUGUGGAUCCGCGUUCAGUAAGGGCUGUCAAGCUACAGGGCUGUCAAGCUACUCCUGGGUUCUGAAUACAACAGCUGGGUAUUGCUAUAAAUUAACUUCCUAACAGCUUGUAAAGCGACCUUGAAAGAAUAACCAUUCCAAGGCCAAGGUCUCGCUCAGCACUUGACUGCACCUGUGCAGUGCCGGAUCUAUACGCGCGAAAAGCAUCUAUGGAAAUUUUGAGCUUACAAAAGGCCCGGUUACUAAAUAUAGCUAUGAAAGAAGAGUUGAUCGCAGAAACAGAAGAUUUUGUUCCCGAGAAAAGAACGAACGAUCAAGGGAGUGUUGUCUUCAAGAUGGUUCAUAUUGUCGCUAUAGGACUUCCUGUUCUUGUCGUCUGGCUCGCUCAACCUGGAUCAAGUCUGUUUUCAUGGCACCCAACUCUAAUGGCCUUUAGUUUUGGUUUCCUUAUGGUUGAAGCUAUCCUGAUGUUUUCACCGCAAAGUUCCCUCAUCUCCUCAGCACCUCGAGCCACCAAGGUCAAAAUACACUGGAUACUUCAAACCUCAGCUGUGGUCACUGCACUGGGAGGUUUUGCCGCAAUUUACUACAAUAAGAAUAUUUACAACAAAGCUCAUUUUCAAAGCUGGCAUGGAAGCCUGGGGUUCUGUACCGUGAUUCUCAUCUGUCUGCAAUCUCUGCAGGGUGUUGGAGUUUUGUACUCCAAGCUGCCGCUCGCCAGCAGGUUGAAACCUAGCCAACUGAAACAGCUGCACGCUGUAUGUGGUUCUCUAGUAUAUCUUGUCGCAUGUAUCACUCUUUGCCUUGGUUUUUAUUCCAGUUGGUUUGUGAAAAAUGUUAGUGUGUAUGUUCAAGGUGGUAGCGUUUUAUCGGCGCUUUGUCUGGCUGGUGUUAUUAUUGGACAAGUUUACACUGAGUAUGGCUUAAAGAGACGGCCUGGAACAUAAUUUAUUAUAGUUGGCUUUGACUUUUCACGGUCACAAAAUAUGUUUCUCAGGUAGACAACAUGCUUUAAUAUCUAUUCUAGUACCCACAGGAAUUUUUCAUGUAUUUUAGAAUAUUCUUAAACUCAUAGUGUGCACCCUCUAAAGUGAGUAAUAUAAGUAAUUUAUUAAAUGACAGAAAUAGCAUCAAGUAAAGGAGGGUUGGUAACAUCUUUGAUAUGCCUCAUUUUGAUUGUGUGAUGCAGUUAUGACUUCAUAUGUGCCAAGUCAUUAUUUGGCUAUGAGACCAUGCAAUGAGGUUCCAGUCAAAGGCCCACAUUUCACCCUUGCUCACCAUACAGUCUCCAGUAGCUCAGUGGUUAGAGCAUCCAGCUAGAUCAUCGAGAGUCAUGGAUGCAAAUACCAUUUGGAACUCGGAUAUUUUUCCAAGAUUUCAGUUGAUGCUUUAUUCAACAUAAUGUGCAAUUCCAGAAAAUAUCCAUACUCCCUCCAGAGGAGGGAGUUUCCAGAGGGGUGGAAAAAUCCCUUCUCAAUCUGUGGGGGAGGUAUGAACAUGUUCUGGAACUACACAGUGUGUCCUCAGAUACCAUAAACUUCUAAAAUCCAGUCAGCUUAGCAUGACUGAUUCUUCAAAGUAUAUUUGGAGUUAUGUUUGAGAGAGCUUUUAAUAUUACACAGGCGAACCUCUAUGAAGCAACCACUCUUGAUGAUGAGACAACUGGCUGCUUAAUAGAAGUGGCCAUUGAAUAGAGGUUUUUGUUACAGUGUAUGUUCUGACAAAUUUUUCUGGGACUUUGGCCGCUGACCCCCAAAUAAAGGUUGACUGCUUAAUAGGCUAGGGGGCCGCUUAAUGGAGGUUCGACUGUAGUUAAUUUGACAUCUAAGGGCUAUAUAUGAAAUUUUAAAAACAAGAGUAAUGAAAAAUUCAUCAUUGAAUUAACUUGCCGAUUUUUAUUUUUAGAAAAGUUUGUAUUCAAAACUCUACCUAUUUUAAUUUGAAAUGGUAAAUAAGGUUUGUCAAUUAAAUUGAUAUCAUCUAAUUUAUAUGAAAAGCUGCCACAUUAUAUUAGCAUGUUGUACAAAGCAAUGUCUAAAAGACUUUGUCAAAUAAUCGGGAGCAAAAUCUUUGAACAAACAGUCAUAGCAUCCAAUAGGAAAUUCAAAACAAGUGUUAUGGUAUGUUGCUUACAACGUUUGAAAGAAAUUAUUAACAUUCAAGCACUGUUAAGUUUGAAAGCUUAAGCCAGUCGUAGAUCUCAAUAUCAAAGGAAUCUUUGUAUCAAAGAUGUUGAGGGCGUCAAUUCUGGACGUUUGUAGUGUUAGUAUAAAAGGAUUGAUGUUUAUAUCAUGUAUUUGAUGUCUAUUACUCUAUAACCUAACUUUUCAGUAACUCAUUUCAGUCAAAAAGUAAAUGUUAAUAUAAUUGUUAUUCUUGCAGUUAAGAAAUAAAGUGUUUAAAUCAAGUCUACGAGUCCUCAGCUUCCACGUUCGCUAUGAAUGAUCAACUGCAAGGUUCAGAGUAAAGGCGAAGGAGCGGUUAGUAAAUGACCUGAGGGGCUAGUUUUGUUGACUAAAUAGAGUUGCGGUCAGAAAUGCGUAAACGCAGACUGAGCGUGUUGUUAGCAAAAAACGAUCAUGAAAAUU